AGCCCAGUCUAUGCAUUCGCACAUUCCAUAUCGUUAUGAUUGAUCAUCUGUCUGCGUUAUGACGCGCCAACGGAGCCUUUUGCACAAUUCCCGCCGGGGAACACGGAGUCGUGAUGGCAAUACACGGAUAGCUGAUUUCUAAUCACAAAGAGCUCUCGGAUCGCCUUUACCGUGUGGUCGCAAAGGUUGGGCGAAGAUAGUUCUUCUAGUGGAAGGCGGGCCACAUCAUGCUGUCAAGUACAUCACUCCACGUACAUGUAUAUGUACAUGUAGUCGCUUUCACCACAGAAGCAAGUAGGCGUAGGUCAGCAAUACACAGCAAUCUUGUGAUACCUUACAUCUACAGUAUACCUCCGUACUCGCAAUCGUGGCUUUUCGUGCUACCGUCCGCAGGAUGACCAACUACAACAUCGACAUCGUGAGCGACACGGUCUGCCCGUGGUGUUACGUCGGCAAAAACAGACUCGAGCUCGCCAUCAAGCAGCACAAGCAGACCAACCCGGACGAUACCUUCACCACCACAUGGCACCCGUUCUACCUCAACCCGGAUGCGCCAAAGAACAUUGACAAGCAGGAAUACUAUGCCAAGCGCUUCGGCGCUGAGCGCACAAAGGUCAUGCAGGGCCACCUCGGGAGACUAGGCAAGCAGGUGGGCAUCGACUUUGCCUUUGGCGGCAAGACGGGCAAUACUCGAGACAGUCAUCGUUUGAUCCAGCUGGGUUUGACCCACGGGAAGGAGCAGCAGACGAAGGUCGUGGAAUCGCUGUUCAAUGCGUACUUUGAGAACGAGCAGGACAUAACCGACUGUGAGGUCCUGAUCGCACGAGGCGUCAAGGCUGGUCUUCCAGAGCAAGAAGUUCGAGAUUGGCUCGAGUCGGGAAAGGGUGGUGCGGAGGUGGAUCAAGAGGUUGCAAAGGCCCAGUCUGGCUUCAUCUCUGGAGUGCCCAACUUCACCAUCAACGGGAAGUAUGAAGUGCAAGGCGCAGAAGAGCCGGCAUCAUUCAUUCAGAUCUUUGAGGCGAUCAAGGGUCGUGGUGACGGAGGUGGGAUCAGCAAUGGCGGCAACACAUGCUAAGUUAACCGUACUCCUGUUGGAAGGGACGGGGGACUGGUUGGAAGUUGGGGAGAAGCACGACAGAAUCAGUGCAUUGAUGAGAGAGAGGCUACCAGCGGCGCUGUAGUUUCUCAGCAUGGACGCCCGGAACCGGCUGUAAGGUAGCGAGCAAGCGUUUGUUUAUAAGCAGUUUUCACAAUACCAUGUAUCCC